CCAGAAGAACUAUGGACUUUAUCAAUAACGGCAGUGAAAAUAACAAUAAUACGACCACAGCCUUCCCCGAUGUUGUGGAUGUCAUUCCAGAGUGGGGUGACAAUGACAAAGAAAAGGGGUCUAGAAGUGUUCCCGAGGUGGAGCUGAGUUACCAGGUGAUCACCUCUCUGCUGCUCGGCGCGCUCAUCCUCUGUUCCAUAUUCGGCAACGCGUGCGUUGUCGCGGCCAUCGCGCUGGAGAGGUCGCUCCAGAACGUGGCCAACUACCUGAUCGGCUCGUUAGCCGUCACGGACCUCAUGGUAUCAGUUCUGGUACUACCCAUGGCGGCCCUCUACCAAGUCCUGAACAAAUGGACUCUGGGACAGGAGAUAUGUGAUAUUUUCAUCUCUCUGGACGUGUUGUGCUGCACGUCGUCCAUUUUGCAUCUGUGCGCAAUUGCCCUGGACAGGUACUGGGCUAUCACAGACCCCAUAGACUAUGUGAACAAACGGACACCCAGGCGAGCGGUGCUGCUAAUCAGCGUGACUUGGCUGAUUGGGUUCUCAAUCUCCAUCCCGCCCAUGUUAGGCUGGAGGAAAGCCGAGGACAGGGCGAACCCGGACGCCUGCACCAUCAGCCAGGACCCGGGCUAUACCAUCUACUCCACGUUCGGAGCUUUUUACAUCCCGCUUAUCCUCAUGCUGGUCCUCUACGGGCGGAUAUUCAAGGCAGCCAGGUUCCAGGUUUGGAAAACUGUGAAGAAAUCGGAAAAGGCAAAAGUGUCGGACAAGUGCUUGGCCGUGUCGCCGGCUAUUUUCCACAAGAAGAUCAACGUAGAGGCGGGGGGCAAGAACUGGAAACACAGCGUGGAACCUACAUCCAAGUCCUCGUGCGUAAACGGCGCGGUGAACCACGGGGAGAACUGCGAGUCGUUGGAGAUCAUAGAAGUGACCAACAAUUCUAAGAACCACCUGCCUCUCCCCAACACCCCACAGUCCUCACAAGAGGUUGAGAACAGGAAUGAAAAGAACGCUGAGGCUAAGAGGAAAAUAGCUCUGGCCAGGGAGCGGAAAACGGUAAAGACGCUCGGUAUCAUCAUGGGCACUUUUAUUUUCUGCUGGCUACCGUUUUUCAUCGUGGCGCUGGUCUUGCCUUUCUGUGCGGAAAGCUGUUACAUGCCAGAGUGGCUGGGUGCCGUCAUCAACUGGCUGGGCUAUUCGAACUCUCUCCUAAACCCGAUCAUUUAUGCCUACUUUAACAAAGACAUCCAAAGUGCUUUCAAAAAAAUUAUAAAAUGCAAAUUCCAUAGACAGUGAGCCGUUCAUUAGUAAAGUGUUUACGUUUACUUAAUUCCAAUGAUGGAGUUUAUGAAACGCACAAAAGCAACGUGUUAUUUUCAGGGACUGUCUUCUAGCCUACGGUGUGAAUUAGAAACAGAAUAUCCUAUGGGUUAUAUACAGUGAGACGUGGAGAGAGACAUGCAGUAUAUUUGUAGGCCUAUUAUGCUGUGUACGCUGCUCCUGUGUAGCAUAUUCGAUGUUGUAGAUAUCUGCAAGGCAUCGUUGUAUUCCCAUGCAAGAUGUGUUAUUCAAAUACAAUUCACAGAAUUCAUGCAUUCCAUUCACGUGACCUGGUCUCAGAGCAUUUCGUAUUAUUCUGUACGUAAAUCCGAGACACUAUAUUUAGUAUGAUAUGUUACGUUUCGUAUGGUAUGUAUCCACGAGACACGAAGGUUUCCGUCCUACAUCAUACCAGCUUUGUAGCACUGAAACAAUAAAAAACUAUCGAAAUACUACAA